GUGGGAGGAAGGGCGCGGGUAGGAGCAGCCAGAGAAGGCUUCCUGGGGGAGUCGCUGUCCAAGCUGAGACUGAGAGGGGCUUGGGAGUGGGGAGGAGGAGAAGGGAAUGUGCUGGGUGGGAGGACGGGCUUGUGCAAAGGCCUGCGGGUGGGUGGGUCGAGUGCAGCUUAGGUCCAUGGACACCUGUUCCUGGGCAGUAGUUUCAUCUCUGUCUGGAGGGGAAACCCAGGCUCAGAGAGGGGCGGGAGGUACUCCAGAGGACCCCAAGGUCAGGAACACAUUUGAGCACAUUGUCUUCCCCACGCCCCCCAGUCCCACCGUGGCCUCUGCUGGGAGCACCCUCACCUUCCAGGCUCCCCUCCAGGCUCCCUGGGCUCCAGUCACUCUAGCCUCCUGGCUGCACUGGCCAACUUUGGUCCAGCCUCAGGACCUUUGCACUGGCUGUUCCCGCCUGCCUGAGAUGCCAUUCUCUUGUGCCUGGCCGACUCCUACCUUUGCUGUUCAAGCCUCAGCUUUCGUCAAUGCUCAGCAAAGCACUGUGGCAGCCCCAGAUGGGGGCGGUUGCCCUGCUACUCCUGGCACAGUGCCCACCCCUUUCCUGGGCAGCAUUUUUCACAAGCUCGUUCAGUGGUUCCUUGAUGAGUCGUGUCUAUGCUAUUACUGAUCAUUAAGCAGAAGUGGCUGGAAGUCAGGGGCGCCACCGUGUCCCCGGCGCCUGGCCCAGCUCUCUGUUUCCGUUUGUUGCCUGACAGACAGACAGACGGAGGCCGUGGGGCUGACCAUCGCGUGCCCACAGGCCGAGGAUGCAGCGCUGGAAGGCGGCAGCCUUGGCCUCGGUGCUCUGCAGCUCGGUGCUCUCCAUCUGGAUGUGUCGGGACGGCCUGCUCCUCAGCCACCGCCUGGGACCCGCACUGACGCCACUACGCCGGCCACCUCGCACCGUGGACGCCCGGAUCGCCCGCCUGGCCCAGUGUAAGGGGGUCCCCGACUUAGAUCGUGCGCUGCUGCAGGGCGCCCCGGACGCGGUGGAGCUGCGCCAGCUGACGCCCUGGGCCGGCAGGUCCCCGCGUCCGCACCGUCGGGCGGGGGCCCGGCGGAGGCGCGCGCGCGCGCGAUCGGGGGCGCGGCCGUGCGGGCUGCGCGAGCUCGAAGUGCGCGUGAGCGAGCUGGGCUUGGGCUACGCGUCGGACGAGACGGUGCUGUUCCGCUACUGCGCAGGCGCCUGCGAGGCGGCCGCGCGCGUGUACGACCUGGGGCUGCGGCGGCUCCGCCAGCGGAGGCGCGUCCGGCGGGAGCGGGUGCGCGCGCAGCCCUGCUGCCGCCCGACGGCCUACGAGGACGAGGUGUCCUUCCUGGACGCGCACAGCCGCUACCACACGGUCCACGAGCUGUCGGCGCGCGAGUGUGCCUGUGUCUGAGCCUACCUCACCGGGACCGGCCGGACGGCGGCCCCCCCUCUACCCCUGCGCGGCGGCGCCCCCACCCACCCCGCCUGGCCAGGCCCGCGGCGACGGACUGCGCGUGCGCAGCAGGUGCCGUCCAGGCCUCCGGACUGUCCAGUUACUGCACCGAGAUAAAGUGUGGAAAAUG